AUGGCUCAGCAACAUGAACACGGUCACAGUGGACCAUCUCUAGACAUGGACAUGGACAGCGCUGCGCCACAACCUGGGCCUUCCCAUGAUGGGUCUGCUGAAACGGUGCGACUUCGAAACCUCGACGCACUAGUCCGAGAUCAGGAUGACCUCGAACGAGAUAUUGGGCGUGAGGCGGACAAGCUUCUAUUGCAACAGGCCACCCAAAGAGACCAGCACAGAUUAGAGAAAACUCGCGGUCAAAAGGAAAAGUUGCAGCACCAGGUCCGCAAGACUCGAGACGAGUUAUCUCGUCCAAUUGGCACCACUCAGCGAUCAAAGCUGCGUCUUGAGAUUGACCGCAUGCAAGGUCAGAUUCAAGAUCUCGAUAACGACAUUUCUGAGAUCGAGAAGCGAAUGACUGACCGUGAAACCAACGCCUCACAAGCAGUAAACGAUGCAUCCUCCACUGGACGACUUCCGAACGAGACUCAGCGAGAUUUCUUGAUCAGAACCGGGAAAAUUACCCCGUUUUCAAAAUUUGGUCUCUCCACUCAUGGAGAGUCUUCUGCAACCUUGCAAGGGGCAUUAUUAGAUGCCGAAGAAGAGCCUGACUUAGCCGAAAGUGGACCUGCUGUCAAUGGUGAUAGAAUCAUGUCCCAUCGGAAUCUGAGACAGCCCGGAUUUGCUUCUAGUCUUGCUGAUUCUAGUCCUGAUGAAGAUUUUGAGUCUGAUCGACCAGCAAAGAGGCGACGUCUUCAACCAAGGAAUAAGAAGACACCUACUAGAGAUGAGGACUCCUCGUAUGAUGAAGGAGCCAUCGAUGAUGAGGUUACGUCGGGUCUGGAGGACGAUGAGGAUGAUGAGUUGCCAUCUACUACUGGGAAGCAAAAAAGAUCCAGCAGAAGAGCCACGACCGCGGUUGAUGACGAAAUUGAAGACUUUCGCGGCAUGGACGACGGCAAUGAAUCAGUUUAUCAAUCUAGAGUACAAAGAUGGGCAACGAGACGACGUCGAGUGAGAAAUGCUUCCCUCGGACAGUCUCAAGACGAGCAAGCCAAAGGACAGGUGACAGGAGAAGAAUUGGAGGUUUCCUGGGAGGACGAGGCAUAUCUGCCUCAUCCUGAAAUCGACGAUACAUUGUUCGACAAUGGCUAUAAGCUUCCCGGAGAUAUCUACCCUAGCCUUUUCGACUACCAGAAAACUGGUGUUCAAUGGCUACACGAAUUAUACACACAACAAGUCGGUGGCAUUGUGGGAGAUGAGAUGGGUUUAGGCAAGACCAUUCAGAUGAUUUCAUUCCUUGCAGGGCUGCAGUACAGUAGAAAGCUCGACAAGCCCAUCAUUGUUGUUUGCCCUGCAACGGUUAUGAAACAGUGGGUCAAUGAAUUCCACCGAUGGUGGCCACCUUUUCGAGUCACCAUCUUGCACUCAUCUGGGAGCGGCAUGGUCAAUCUGCGCAACGAAAGCACUAAAGAGGACAAGCUUCUUGACGUUAUGUGGGAUUCAGCUCGGAAAACUCAGCCACUCACGUCUUCUCAAAAAGCUGCAAAGAAAGUAUUGAAGCCUAUUCUAGAAGACGGUGGUGUGCUUGUCACAACCUAUUCAGGGCUUCAAACCUAUGCUCCGCUGCUAAUUCCUGUUGAUUGGCAGUACGCAAUUCUUGACGAAGGCCACAAGAUACGUAAUCCGAAUACUGCCAUCACUAUCUACUGCAAAGAACUGCGAACGCCGAAUAGAAUCAUCUUGUCAGGUACACCUAUGCAGAACAACCUUAUCGAGCUAUGGUCUUUAUUUGACUUCGUCUUUCCGAUGCGCCUUGGUACGUUGGUCAAUUUCAGAAAUCAAUUUGAAAUACCUAUUCGCCAAGGUGGUUAUGCAAAUGCCUCAAACUUGCAGGUGCAAACAGCAUUCAAAUGUGCUGAGACUCUUAAAGAUGCUAUCAGCCCAUAUCUCUUGCAGCGAUUUAAAGUUGAUGUGGCCUCAGAUCUGCCCAAGAAAAGCGAACAAGUGUUGUUCUGCAAACUGUCAAAGUUGCAGCGUGCAGAAUACAAUCACUUUAUCAGCUCCGGAGAGAUGGACGCUAUUAUGAAUGGCAAACGACAAGUCUUGUAUGGAGUUGAUAUCUUGCGAAAGAUAUGUAACCACCCUGAUCUCACAGAUCAUAAACGGCUGUCCAUCAAGCCCGGAUACGAUUAUGGCAAUCCUGUCAAAUCCGGGAAAAUGCAAGUUGUGGGAUCCUUGCUGGAAUUGUGGAAGGACACGGGACAUAAAACACUUCUAUUUGCGCAACACCGCAUCAUGCUUGAUAUCUUGGAGAAAUUCGUGAGAUCGCUCUCGGGCUUCAAGUACAGGCGAAUGGAUGGAAAUACUCCAAUUCCAACUCGACAGAGUAUGGUGGACGAAUUUAAUACCGACCCAGAUUUGCAUGUCUUUCUUUUGACAACCAAAGUUGGUGGUCUGGGAAUCAACUUGACAGGUGCCGACAGAGUUAUCAUCUACGACCCAGACUGGAACCCAUCGACUGAUCUGCAAGCUCGUGAAAGAGCCUGGCGUCUCGGCCAGAAGCGAGAGGUUACAAUCUACCGUCUGAUGACGGCUGGGACAAUCGAGGAAAAAAUCUAUCAUCGACAGAUUUUCAAGCAGUUCUUGACGAACAAGAUUCUGAAAGAUCCGAAGCAGCGCCAAACAUUCCAUCUGAACGACCUGCAUGAUCUUUUCAGUCUCACCAACGAAGGCGACCCCACAGAGACAAGCACACUUUUCAAGGAUGCUCAGGUGAACUGCUCUGCAACGGGAGCUGCGGAUGGUGCCCAUCCAACCGAGUCCAAGGUUGGAAAAGAUGCCACUGCAUCUGAUGGCCAAGUAGACAUCAAAAAACUACCUGGAAUUUCUUCUAUGGAACAGUAUGCUGGUGAGGUUGAGGAGGAGAAGCAGGCCAAUGAAGAAGGAGCAACCAACUCGGAAGCCAGGAUGAUGGAAGGUAUUUUUGCUCGUUCAGGGAUUCAUUCUGCUGUUGAGCAUGAUGCUAUCAUUGAUGGAAAGAGCGCAAGGAAGGUGGCAGCUGAUCCAGUUAUGAUCGAGAAGGAGGCAAAGAAAGUGGCCGCGGAGGCAGCAAACGAGCUAAGGCGAGCUGGUGAGGUCGCUCGAACUGUUCCGAUAGGCACACCGACGUGGACUGGACAAGUUGGAGUAUCAGGGCGACCACAAGAGACUACAGCCCAACGAGCUUUCAGCACGAAUUCUCGAAGCCGAGGUGGAGGACUUCAGUCUUCGAGUUUGUUGUCAACUCUGCAGCAGCGGCAGGCGAAUGUACCUCAAAGCAAUGGUACAACGCCCAGGACCUCAAGCCCUGUACGAUCCUCGGGGUCCGCGGCAUCAGCCUCCAGGUCGGGGACUCCAAGCCUGCCGCAGGGCAAGGACUUCGGUAAGCUGAUUAGGGACUAUCUCACAGCGCAUGGAGGUUCCGUGCACACACAGAUGCUUAUUGACCACUUCAACCGCUUCUGUACAACGCCGCAAGCAACCAUGGAUUUUAAAGAAACUUUGAAGGUCCUGGCCAACCUGGAUAAAGGAGGUCGCGGUCGUGGUCGAUGGGUGCUCAAGGACGAGUACAAGCGAUAG